UUUAUUGUCAAAAUUAGCUGUAUAAGUUUAUUUUUCCAAUAUUAUUUACAGCUAAAGUGAAAUACAAAAUCCCAUUGUUAUUUUUUCGAGUGCAUUCGAGGACGAAAUUCAAUCUCCUGCAACCAGUCCGGGGCAAUCAUCCGACCUGCGACCUGAGCGACACACUUCAUUCGAUUGUCGAGAUUUUCGGAGGCUUAGAUUGAUGCCCGACGGCUUGCCGAAAACUCUGCAGAACUACAAUUUCCAAAUUUCAGUCUCGGGAAGGAAAUCGAAAUCCAGGGGAAAUGACUCGGCUAUCGAGCGCCACCUCGGUGGGGUAUCCCAGUCAAAUGCCGGCGAAAAGGAUCAGCUGGCGGCGUUUGGCGGCACUACUGCCGAAUUCCAUAGGUCUGUCAUUAAAACCGGUGACGCCUCAUUUGAGGGACCUACAUCUCGUCCAGCGCCGCCUCCAGGAGGAUUUUCUAGGCUGUGAGGCUCUGUGGACGAUUUUUGUGGCAGCCGCCUGGAGUUAUCGCUACAGAACGCGGCUGAGACCAUUGCCCAGCCACUGGAAUACCAUAGAUUUGGUUUUUAGUACGCUGGCUGAUGCACCCAGACUGGAGGUGCUGCAGCAGCAGCUCAUGCACUGCGACUAUCAGGCCUGCUCCCCCAACGUGGUUCGUUUGCUGACGGACAUCCUGGUGGAUCAGGCCGAUCGCGUGUCCCUGAGCUCCCUGCGACCCUGCGAAUUCGAGGAGCUGUACGCUCACCUGGGCAUGUCGCCUCCCAAGCGGUCACCCACCCAGAUCUUUGAGGUGCGAACGGGCAAGGGCAACGAGAAGGGGGAGGCAUAUGCCCGUUUGCGGCAGGAGAACAAGGAAUCCGUUCGCCUGGGCUUCUAUGGCUGCAAGCUGGAGAAGGUCUAUUCGCUUCUGAAUUCCCAGGAUUCCAUGGACAAUGGAAAGUAUCUGGAGCUAACCUGCGACAUCAAUGAGGCCCUGGCCAGGAGUAAGCCCCAGGCUGGUGUGGGUGGCUCCCGUUGCGGAUCGAUCCUGCGAUGUGUGGCUUUGGUGGAGUUCGUCUUCCAGGACAAUGAAACCAGCCGCGAUAGGAAGCAAGUGAUCAUCAAAGAUGCGAACACCAUGCAGGUGUCGUAUCUACUAUUGUAUGGCCAAAGCUGCAAAGAAUACGAAAUGGAGCGGCAGGUUAAGCUGAUGGCGGAGCCAGCUCGAGAACUGCUCAUCUGGCUGGAAAGAUACCACGAAAAAGCCAUAUCCUUGGGCGUUGGCCUGCUGAUCGUUUCCUCGAUGGCUCAUUUCGGAAGCACUUUCUUUCGCCUGUUUGCUCGCACUGGCUUCCACGUAUUCAAGCGAGGUCUUCUGUAAAUCCAAAAAGUGAUAAUCGUUAUCUUUUACUAUCCAUAUCCUGUGACCUUGAACUGCAGCAGAUCUCUGUUGCCGACUUCAGUUUGAUAUCCCACUGCAGUCGGCAACAGGACUCAGUGACAGGCAUCUGUAAUGUGUGAAAUGAAAUCGAUUUGUGUCUUAA